AUGUGUGGUGAAAAGAGAAGAGAGGUUAUUUUUAGGAACUUGGAGGGUCGGAGGUGUUUUGGCUAUGUCUCGCGCUUUUGGCUACGCAUGCUGAAGCAAUUUGUUGUGGCUGAACCCGAGAUUCAGGACCAAGAGGUUGACCAGGACUAUGAAUUGGUUGUGCUCGCCAGUGAUGGCCUUUGGGAUGUCGUACGUAAUGAGGAUGCCGUUCAGAUAGCGCAAACAGAAAAAGGAGCUGCUCGUAAACUGACGGAGACUGCUUUUGGUCGUGGUAGUGCCGACAAUAUCACCUGCAUUGUCGUCAAGUUCCACCACGACAAAGCAGAUCCUGAAGAACCACCACCAUCACCACCACAGCAGAAUUUUGAGGUCAAACCCGAGUCAGAAGAAACUGAGGAAAACGACAAAGCAAACUCUCCGCCCGAAGAAUGCCAGCAAACUUCGAAAGAAGAGCCCCAUACAACCCAUCAAAGUUGA